AUGCAAAUCAUGCGAGUGGGUGCUCUCGCCGUAUCCCUGCUCACCCUGCUUUUGGGGGUUCAGGGGUGCGAAACCGAUGAUGACUGCAGCUUGAAUGGUAUUUGUUCAUCAUGUGGUUCUUGCGCUUGUGAUCCAGGAUGGCGGUCGGCCGACUGCAGCGAAUUGGACCUACAACCCGUGGAAAGGUGGACAGGAUACAAUCACACCAAUGCGACCGGUGCAGACUUUUACAAGGAAGGUGCCGGCAACUCGUCUUGGGGUGGACAUAUAAUACAUGAUCGCACGGACAAUGGUCUUUUCCAUCUGGUCAUAUCCCAAAUGUCUCACGGUUGUGGACUUGCAGGUUGGAGACCAUUCAGUACCGUCAUCAGGGCCGAGUCUCGCGUUGGCCCGAGAGGCCCCUACCAGUAUGCACAAACGCUAUUUAGCACUUUUCAUCAUAACCCAACGACGAUAUGGAGUCCUGCAGAUGAAAAGUAUCUCAUCUACUUCAUCGGAAAAGACGUCGAGGUUGGCAACGUCUGUCGUUCUCAGAAAUGGAACAACACGAUUUCUGUUUCAAGCUCGCCUGAUCUGAAGGAUUGGACGACACCCAUACCGCAUGUCAUAAACGUUACCAACCCCGCGCCGUGGCCGCUAUGGACUCCAGAGAACCCUACAAGCGAAAUCUUGCUGGGCGUUGAGAAGAACAACAUUUACCACGCCGACAACUUCUCGGCCCCACACGAACUGGUUGUGGAACCUCGCAACACCGAACGAAGUGAAGAUCCCUUCCUGUGGAGAGACAAGCGUGGCCAUUGGCAUUUUCUCGUUCAUCACAUGAUUGAUAUUGCCGAAGGGAGAAAGGGUCCUCGUGUAGGAGCGCACGCUUUUGCUCGCGAUUGGAAGGGACCUUGGACGUACAACAAUAACACGCUCGCCUACAACACAACGGUAGAGUUCACAGAUGGUGUGAAACUGGACUAUUAUCGUCGGGAGAGGCCAAAGUUGUAUUUCAGCGAGGACGGAAACAUGACGCCUCUCUAUUUGCUUAAUGGAGUACAAGAGUUCAAUAAGUCUGGCAGCUACACGCUGAUUCAGCCUAUCGGAAAGGGAGCGGCAGCAUAUGAAAAAGAGCUAGGGUUUUGA